AGAAGACUGCAUACCUUUUCGCCGGAGAAGAAGGCUGCAGACGGCGAUGCUGGACGGCUGGAGACGGUUCGUAGCUCGCCAAAAGGUGAUGAAAAAAACUCACUGUUAUUUGGUCGACACUAGUGGUAUCAUACCUGGUGCUGCUGUUUCAGAUCUGCAAUUUAACAUCAUAAGUGAGGACCCAUUUAUUGUCCAUGGUCUCAAGAUUAUACCAUUACCGGUGUGGCAUGGAACUGGUUAUCGUUCUUUGGGGUUUCGUUUUGGCAACGUCUGUUACAUAAGUGAUGUUAGUGAAAUCCCUCAAGAAACAUACUCUCUCCUGGAGGACUGUGAACUGCUUAUCUUGGAUGCUUUGAGGCCAGAUAGGUCUUCAGCUACCCAUUUUGGACUACCAAGGGCUCUUGAGGAAGUUUGGAAAAUCAAACCGACGAGAACACUUUUCACUGGUAUGAUGCACCUGAUGGAUCAUGAGAAAAUAAACAAGGCUCUUCUGCAACUCAAGGAGACCGAAGAUCUUGAUGUUCAACUCAGCCACGACGGUAUGCGUGUGCCAGUGAGGUUAUGCAGCCUUUCACAAUCGUAAUAUAGUAAAUACACAGUAUUGUUAUUCUUUUUCAAGAAUGGGGGGAAAGUACGAAGUAGCUGAUUUUACAAUUGUUAUUCUGUUGGGGGCUUAAAUGGAGUGUUUACACUGGUUUGUGUUACAACUUGGGGAAUAUUCUGAGUUGUACAAAAGGAUGGCUGAAUCCCCUCUUAUGCUCCUUAGUAUUGAAUAUACAAGUGAAGAAAGAAGAAUUACUCCCUCCGCCCAAAAUUAAACUUCCCGGUUUGACCGGGCACGCAUAUUAAAAACAAAUGUAAAUGUAGUUGACUUUCUCAAAAUGCCCUCCACCCCAUUUCCCAAAAUGCCCUCCACCCCAUAGCUGUAUGCUCUGCCGUUGUGAACCCUAAUCUCGGCUAAAUCAAAGAAAUCUUUAAAUGGAAUGGCAAAACAACUUUAGAUUCUAAAUAAACCAGGCGCUCCCAAUUCCUCGAGAAGAAGCAUCGAAAUGGCCGCACUUGUGAAGAAGUCUAGCGAACAAGGUUUACAAGUGAACAGUGACCUCGUACCUUUUGACCUCCAAUUUAACAACCUCUAGCCACAAAUCAACAAGAAAGAACUCUGAAGUUUGUUCCCUUUUUAAUUCCGAUUCCAAUGAACCCAAAAACAUCAAGAACCUUCAAGAAAUUCAGGAGGAAUCAGCUUUAAAAAAUCGGCAUGAACAGUGUAGCGAGGUUGAGAGACAGAAUACCGGAGUAAGAUGCAGAGCGAGAGCAUGAGGUUGAGA